UCCUCUUGGACUGCUUGCCGUGCCGCGCUAGUUCUGAUAUCUCUCUGAGCGCCGCACUCAUCUGUGGGAACUAUAGAAGGCGAAUCAUGAUUCGUUUCAUCCUCGUGCAGAACCGUCAAGGCAAAACACGGCUUUCUAAAUGGUACGUACCUUACGAUGAUGACGAGAAGGUACGGCUAAGGGGAGAGGUGCACCGGUUAGUCGCUCCGAGGGACCAGAAGUACCAGUCGAAUUUCGUUGAGUUCCGCAACCAUAAGGUCGUCUACCGCCGCUACGCUGGCCUGUUCUUUUGCGUCUGCGUAGAUGCGAACGACAACGAACUCGCGUACCUCGAGGCCAUUCACCUCUUCGUAGAAGUACUUGACUCCUUCUUCGACAACGUUUGCGAGCUCGAUCUGGUGUUCAACUUCUACAAGGUUUACGCCAUUCUGGAUGAGGUAUUCCUUGCCGGAGAGAUUGAAGAGACAAGUAAAGACGUUGUAUUAGCAAGACUAGAGCAACUGGAGAAGCUCGAGUGACCAUCGGCGACUCCAUCCUACGCCUGCUGCAGUCACACAUAUUCUGGAUCUGGAUACCGCUUAUCAUGAAUUAUAUC